UCCACCCCCCUCCCUUUUAUCUCUCCCUUCUUCCUCCCCACUCCCACCCUCUUAGGCCAGCUAGGGAGUGAGAGCUGCCCCCGUAAAGAACUCAGGGAUGCAAGACAGAGAAACCAACCUUUUCCCUCCUCCAGGGAGAGCUCCGGGAGGAAAGGCAAGAACGAGAAGGGUGCUCUCUCUGGAGGCCGAAGAGUUAACAUUUCCUGGAUUCCUCACACCCAUCCUCGGCCAGGCCGGCUGGUCCAGCCCCUCCACGUCCACCCCAGCCCGCCCCAAAGGUGCUUGGUGCUGAAGUUUGAGGAUGAAGGCUGGUCUGUAGGGGAAUUCAGGAUGCUCCAAGGCUACAGUCCCGUGUUCCAGGCAUUUCUGGGGACCUUGUUCACCUGGGGCCUGACGGCGGCAGGAGCGGGGCUGGUGUUUGUGUUCUCCAGCGGCCAGAGACGGGUCUUAGAUGGAAGCCUUGGAUUUGCUGCUGGGGUCAUGUUAGCCGCUUCUUAUUGGUCUCUGCUGGCCCCCGCCGUCGAGAUGGCCGAGUCCUCGGGCAAGUUCGGUGCUUUCGCCUUCUUCCCCGUGGCUGUCGGCUUCACGCUCGGAGCCGCUUUUGUCUACUUGGCCGACAUCCUGAUGCCUUUUCUGGGCCUGGUAGAAGACCCCAACACGGCCUUGGCCCUGACUUGCGACCCCAGGCUGAUGAAAGAGAAGAGAGACCCCGAGGGUCCCCUGCCGCCUCUCCCCGAGACCGAGCUCUCCAUCCGGAUAGGUAGACCUGGCCUCCACCCAGGUCACAAUCUUUCCCGAAGCUGGGGUGUUGAGAGUACCUGGAGACCUUAUGCAGUGUUCAAUAAGAACGAGAACGGAGAAGCCUAUCUGAGAAAGAAGGGCGCGCCUCCCAGCAUGACCGAGUGGCCGGAAAUCCCUCUGUCUCCACAAGGAACCUCACCGAAACGGGGAAGCGAUAGCUGGAGGCGUAUCGUGCUACUGAUUUUAGCCAUAACGAUUCACAACAUUCCAGAAGGGCUUGCUGUCGGGGUUGGAUUUGGAGCCAUUGGAAAAACAUCAUCAGCCACCUUCGAUAGAGCCAGGAAUUUAGCCAUUGGAAUUGGGAUCCAGAAUUUUCCCGAGGGCCUUUCCGUCAGUCUUCCUCUUCGUGGUGCUGGAUUUUCCACCUGGCGAGCAUUCUGGUUCGGCCAGUUGAGUGGCAUGGUGGAGCCCGUAGCGGGGGUCUUGGGCGCCUUCGCCGUGGUGCUGGCCGAGCCCAUCCUGCCCUACGCCUUGGCCUUUGCGGCCGGUGCCAUGGUUUACGUGGUUAUGGAUGACAUCAUCCCGGAAGCCCAGACCAGCGGUAAUGGGAAACUGGCCUCCUGGACCUCCGUGCUGGGUUUCGUGGUUAUGAUGUCACUGGACGUUGGUCUGGGCUAGGGGCUGGACCCCAAGACCCCCGAACUUGGCCGAGUCCCAAGUAGCCACGACCCGCUGGAACGGCACCAGGAACGUUUUCCUUCGCGUGUGGUUUUGAAAUCCCCCCCCUCCCCUUCCCAGUCGGUCUCGGUGUUUCGAUUGCUUCUGAUUAUACUUUUGAUUCUUCUCGUUUUUCUCUUGGCCCAGGGUCCUGAGGUGGAUGAGAAUCUCUCAGAUGGAUAUAGGCCUCAGUGGGGAGUGGUUUUUCCUGCUUGAAUCGGGGACCCAUCUCCCCUUGGUUUAGAAUCGGGUCGCCGUAGCUCAACUCCGCCUCGCCCCCAGAGAGCAGGGGAGGUGUCUUGCCUGCUAGCAGCGAUGGGUCAGGGUCUUAAAUGGACCUCCUAAUGUGGCAUUGGUGGCGAUAGUGUGUUUCCCCCUCCAAAAAAAAAUUGGUCAGAAAGACUCGGCUCCCGACCCCCAAUUCGCUCACAGUCUCUGAUCCUGGCUCAGAUGAUGGUCAUGGCCCUGGCCACUCACUGCAGUGGGGACGCGACUGGAGACUUUGUGAGGUCUUUGGGCCGCUUGCUCCAUGACCCUUCACCCCCCCCCCCCCCCCCCCCGGCCGGGAAAUACGGUGAUGGGAAGGGAGGGAAAUCUGGGCAGAUGGGCUUUUAAGGAGAUAGAGCGGCUGUGGAAGCAGGGAUUCCCAUGGAAGAGAUCGUUUUUGAAGAGAUGUCUGGGAAGAUUUCAGAGCCUCGCUGGCCCACUUCGGUCAGCAGUAACUCACUAACACUUGCCAAGAUUCCUUGUGCUUAGUCCAGUUGGGUUCCAGCUGUUUCCAGAAGGAAUCUGGGAAAAAACUCCUCUUCCUAUUACCUCAGUCCCUCCUAUGGCCAAGAAGUCAAGGGGGAAGUGGGUGUUAGAAUUGGCUUAAGGGAAACUUUGGGAGUCUUUAUGAUGCUCUCUCUCGUACCGCCUCUUAAGCACCAGGUGAGUCCGAUGACUCUUUUCCCAUCUUUCUUGAAGAUACAUCGGAGAGGACGUGCGUCCUGGGGUCUUGAGCUCACAGAAUGAUGGGUUGGAAGGAGAGCAUUAUAAGAUCCCCGGUUCGGAGGCGUUGACCCACCAAAUUGUCCUCGAGCGACAUUACCCAGGGGCAUUUCGGGUCGCAGCGUCCGGUUUCGGGGUUGACCAUCUGCUUCCGAAGGUUUACAGGUCAUUGUCAUUGACUAAUCAGGGUCAGGUCCUCUCUGGGACCGGACAACCCAGAGCCAAGACCCCGUGUCUCUGGGGACUCACUUGGUGAAGCGGAUCGGCCGGUGGUGGUUGUCUCAGUACUUCUCUGUAGUUCUACAGGAUAUGAAAUACACCUGGUUACUGUGAUUAAUUCCAAUAAAGGGGCAUGAAGAGUC